GCGAACUCUUAAGUAGGUCACGGGAUGGCACUCAGCGCCCGGCCGCAGCGCUUCUAGCUGAAAACGUCGGCUGAGGAAAAAUUGCUCUCUCCGUAGCGCAGGUCUAUAAAUAGAUGGACCCUUAAACCCAGUAUUCGUCGCCGCGGUAGCGCCCUUUCUUCGAGGUCACCCCCGGUGAUGCUCCGCUGAAUCAAUCGGCGCGCGGGCGGCGGGCGCAUGCGCGGGCUGUCGGUCGAUGCGGCGGGCGGCGCGGCCGGCAGUGGGGAGCGCGCCGCCGGAGGGGCAUCAUGCGUGCGCGUUGACGGCGACAACGGCAAGCUGUAUCUGCGGGAGUACGCGGAGGAGGAGCGGCCGCCGGGCCGGGACGAAUGGCGGCGCCAGGACUGGUCCGGGGGCGGCGCGCGCGGCCGCCUGCCCCAAGUGGACCGCAGCCCCAGCCGCCGGAGCCCCUACCUGGCGCGGGACGACGAGCCUUCGCCCGCGCCGGACGAACGCGGCCGGUCGGCCUCCGCCGGCGCCCACCACCGCGCGCGCCCGCGCCCCUUACGCUACCAAUCUCUAGAACGCGACUACGAACGCUCCUACGCCCCGCCACCGCCCCCAGAUGAGGACUACUACCGAUCAGGAAGAGAACCCCCGGGUUUAUUCCUGGGGGAACUCCAAUCGCAGAACUCCGAUCUGCAACGGGAGCUGGGAAACCUUAAGAAGGAGCUGGAAUUGACGAAUCAGAAGCUCGGCUCCAGCAUGCAUAGCAUCAAGACCUUCUGGAGUCCGGAGCUGAAGAAGGAGCGAGCGCUGAGGAAGGAGGAGUCGGCCAAGUACAGCCUCAUCAAUGAUCAACUCAAACUGCUCAAUCAGGAGAAUCAGAAACAAGCGAUGCUAGUGAGACAGCUAGAGGAGGAGCUGCGGUUGCGGAUGCGACAGCCGGCGCCGGAGUUGACGGGCCAACUGGAGGCGCUGUUCGCAGAGAACGAACAUCUGCAGAGGGAGAUAGCAAUACUUAGGGACACCAUCAAGGAAUUAGAAUUGAGGAUCGAAACGCAGAAACAAACACUUCAAGCACGAGAUGAGAGCAUCAAGAAGUUGCUAGAAAUGUUACAAAACAAAGGCAUGGGGAAAGAGGAAGAACGGCAAAUGUUCCAACAGAUGCAAGCGAUGGCUCAAAAACAGGAGCUCAAGGCGACGGCGGACACUCUGCGAGCGCUGCAGGUGCAGCUGGAGCGCGCGCUGGCGGCGGCCGGGCUGCCGGGCGGCUCCGCCGGCGCCACGCUCACCGCCGUGCUGGAGACCAAGGAGGCCCGCAUCGCCACGCUCGAGCGCCAGGUGGCUCUGCUCGAGGGCGAGCUGGCUGCCUACGGCUCGCCGCCGCCGCCGUCGCUCGCGCCCUCCCACGCCUCGCUAUACGAUAAGGCCGAACCACCCUUCAAGAGACAACUGGAUGAGUUCCGUCUGGAGAUUCAGAGGAGAGACCAGGAGAUCCUGGCGAUGGCGGCGAAGAUGAAGGCUUUGGAGGAGCAGCACCAGGACUACCAACGGCACAUCGCCGUGCUGAAGGAGUCUCUGUGCGCGAAGGAGGAACACUACAGCAUGUUGCAAACUGAUUAUUCCCGUCGUCAGGUGGAAGAACUGAAAGCCAGGUUAGAUGAGAAGUCCCGAUUGGUGGACAAGAAGACGGCGGCGGCCAUGGCGGCUGCGCACGAGUUGGCAGAGUUCAGAGACCACUCGGAGAUCAAGGAUCGGAAGAUCAAUGUGCUGCAGAGAAAGAUUGAAAACCUUGAAGACCUUUUAAAGGAAAAAGACAAUCAGGUUGAUAUGGCAAGAGCGAGACUAAACGCUAUGCAAGCGCACCAUUGCUCAUCUGAAGGCGCUUUAUCGUCUCUCGAAGAAGUCAUAGGAGACAAAGAAAAGCAAAUCCAACAACUAAGAGAGCAGAGAGACCGAGCAGAACACGAUAAGAACGAGGAGAGAGAGCUUCAUGAAAGAGAGAUAGCAGAUUACAAAAUGAAACUGCACGCACUAGAAAGCGAGGUCGAAAAGCUUGGUGCAAGGCUUGAGCGAGCACAAGCAGAGAAAGACCGUUUAGAAGCCAAGUUAGAAAGCUCACAAUCAGAACUCGGCAAAUCUAAAGCGGAGCUCGACAAAGCAGCGAAUGAAGUAGGCAGGUCUGGUGCUGAUUGGGAAGCGGCUAAGCAGCGUCUAGCUCGACUGGAAUUAGAAAACGAGCGGUUGAAGCAUGAGCUUGAAAGAUCGCAAACGACAUUCGGUAGAAGCACUCUAUCGACUGCCACUGAGCUAGAUAGAGUGCAAGAGAAGGCUGACAAGAUAUCGGCAGACUUGAGGCGGACGCAAGCGGAGCUGAGAGUGACGCAAGCAGACGCUGAAAGGGCACGAGUGGAGGCCAGCGGACUUCAGGACAAGUUGGAGAAGUCUCAGGGUGAAGUCUACCGUCUGAAGGCUAAGCUUGAAAAUGCACAAACUGAACAAGAUAGUCUGAAGGAGGAGUACGAUCGGAUACAAUCAUCGAUCAGCCGGCUGCACUCCGAGCGAGACAAGGCUACUGCUGAGCUGGAGAAGGCCCGUGAAGAGCUGGAGCGAACUCAGGCGACCCUCGGCAAGGCUCAACUGCAGCAGGACAAGUUGCAAGCAGCGCUGGACGCCGCACACUCCGAGAUCGACAAGCUGCAAGAGAAACUGGAUAAGGCUGCUUCGGAGAACAGGAAGCUGCAAGUGGACCGUGAGAAGCAGUCCUACGACUUCGAGUCGCUCCAAUCACAGCUUGACAAGGCACUGGGUCAGGCGGCCAGGCUGCAGAAGGAAAGAGACACAGCACAGCUGGACGCCGACCGGUUCCACGAUAAGCAUGAGAAGGCUCAGGCCCUGGUAGCUCGAAUCCAGAAGGAAAGGGAUGCAGCAUUGGCAGAAGCAGCUAGCUGUCGAGAGAGAGCGGAGGCGGCGGGGGCGGCGGCCAAUCGCGCCGCGAGAGACAGAGAUAGCGCGGCCACCGAGCUCGAAGUGCUUAGAGAGAGAUGGGAGAAGGCGCAUCAGCAGCACCAGAAGCUCACUAUGGAACGUGACGAUGCCUUGACACAGCUGGAAAUAAUGAAAGAAAAACUUGACAAAGCUCUGUAUUCAACACAAAAGACUAUUGAGGAAAAAGAAACGGCGCACAAAGAAUACGAGAAAAUGCUUGAAAAGUAUGAUAGGUCACAAAAUGAAAUUUAUCGACUGCAAAACAAGAUAGACAUAUUGGAAGCCGAUAAAGACCGAAUUGAGUUGGAACUCGAGAAACACUUGCAUGUAUCAACGAAGUCAAGAGAAAAUGAGCGGAAACUACAGGAUGAACUGGCAAGAUUGCAAGAAAUGUACGACCGGGCCAACUUACAGCUCGGUAGAACAAAGGAACAAGAGGAAAAGGCGAAGGAAGAUAUGGAUAGAUUGAACGUUGACAUAGAAAUGGUUCGUGAUCGCUACGAAAAGAGUCAAAUCGAAUUGCGAAGAUUGCAAGCCGAGAAAGAGAAACUGGUUGGCGAUAAUGAACGUUUACAGUUCGAAUACGACAGAGCAAUGACACAAUGUGGCAAAGCUCAGGCUUCCAACGAAAAGACUCAAGAAGAAAUGGCCAGAGUACAGAUUGAACUCGAAAAGAUGUACGAUAAGCACGAUAAGGUAUCGGCAGAGAUGAGAAGAGUUCAGGCUGAGUUGGACAAAGUGAAGGCAGACGCAAGUGGGGCCCGGGAAGAGGCCGAGCGGUAUGCGUCGCGGUACGGCAAGUACCACGAUAGCAAGGAAGAACACGAAAGGACCAAGAUGGAGGUGGAACGGCUCCGCGCGAGGCUCGAGAAGACCAACCUCGAGCUGGAGCGAGCGCGCAAGUCGGAGGAGGAAGUCACGCGUCUACGAUCAGAGCUCGAACGCAUCGAAGGCCUACGAGGUAAAUACCAAUUUGAACAGGAAAAAUGGAAUACAGAACUUAACCGAAUGCAGACAGAAAUGGACAAGCACCGAGAACGCUACGACGGCUCGCAAGCUGAAAUUCAGCGACUGCAGGCAGAGAAGGAGCAGGCUGAAACAAAAGUACACGAAAUCACCAUUCAGUUGGAGAUCUCGAAGGGCGAAGUGGUGAAACUGACGGCGGCUCUUGAAAAGCAACGGGUGGAUCUAGAACGUGCUCAUAUUGAGUGCGAGAAGUUCAGAGAUAGGUGUGAGAAGCUUAAAUUGCGAUCGGAUCAGUUGGACAAAGACAAUGAGCGCCUCAAAAAUGAGUUGCAGCAGAUCGAAAGGAUGAAGCUUCAAGCUGUUGCAGGCGACAAAGCGAGAACAGAGGACCGUCUUGAGAUUGAACGUCUCCGAGAUAAACUGGAGAAGGCAAUACAAGCACGGGACUCCACGGAAAUGGAGGCCGGACGGCUAGCGAAGGAGCUUGAAAAGUCACAAAUACACCUCGCAAAAUACCAAGAGACUAAUGAAACGACUCGUGUGGAAUAUGACAGGAUGACGAAUGAGCUUGGCCGUAUGCAUGAGAGACUUGAGAGGACGAUCCUAGAAAUGCGCCAGAUUGAACAAGAGAGAGAUGCACUCAGAGGAGAGAUACAAAAUACAAGACGCAACAUCGAACAACAACAGAGGACUUUAGAUCAUCGAACGCAAGAAACAUUGGUUAAAUUGCAACAAGAGCUGGCUCAGUCUGUGCGAGAUAGAGAAAAGAUGGCCUCAAUAUUAGAGCAGCGAGAUAAGCAAGCGGAUGCUAUCGAAAAGCAGAUUGUAAAAUUAGAGGCAGACACAAAGCAACUGACCAUCGAGCGAGAUCAGCUGGUCGCACAACUAGAGAAGUCUCAAGACAUGUUGGUUAACUUCCAGAGAGAGCUCAACGCUUCAGAGGCCGAGCUACAGAAACAGAGGGCAGAAGUGCGCAGAUUGCAAGAGGAACAGCGAAAGAUGGCACAAGACUCGGAGCGUGGCACAAAAUCCGUCCUAGAGGGUCGCGACAGGGAAAUCGUCAAGUUACAGCAACAAGUCCAGAACGUCACAAAAGAGCGGGACUCGAUACGGCAGCGCGCCGAAAUGGCUGAAAAGAAAGCGAAAGAGGUCGGUGAGGUUGACAAAUGGCGAGCGGCGGUUGAAGCGGAGAAAACCAAGGCUAUUGCCGCGGAAAGAGCGUUGUCGGAAUGCCAGCAGCGCUUGCAAUCGAUCGAGAAGCAAUUCCAUGCGCAACAGCAACAGUUGCAGCAGUUACAGGCUCGAGGACCUUCGGACGUGCGCGAGGUUCAGAAGCAGCUGGAAGCGGCUCAGGCGGAGGCGCGCUCGUUGGCAACAGAAAGGGAGCGAUGCCAGGCGCAGCUCGAGAUGCUUGUUCAGGAGUUGGAGAAGAGCCAGCUCGAUCUCCACGACGCCAACAAGAAGCUUCAAGCAGCUGGAAAUCAGAACGCCAAAGCUGGGGAAGACUCAGCCCAAGCUAGACGACAACUGCAAGAAGAAUUCAAGAAGUUAGAAGAUCAGAGAAAGCAGUUCGAAGAUCAGAGGAGAGCAGUAGAGAAUAAGAGGAAAGACGUGGAAGAGAAGGAGAAGUCGUUAGUGGAAUUAGAUCGACAGUUGAAGAAGAGAAAAGAGCAAAUGGACCAAAUGGAAGCGUCUUUGAGGAAGGCCGGCGGAAGCGCGGCAGCAGCCGGCGAGCUGAACCGAAAGCUGACGGAGUCCCAGAAGGAGGCCGACCAGCUCAAACAGUCUCUGGAGACGACACGAGAGGAGAGCAAGCGGCUGACGGCUGAGACGGAGCGACUGCUGCAGCUCGUGCAGAUGUCGCAGGAGGAACAGGCGCAGAAGGAGAAACAGAUUAUGGAGCUGCAACAGUCCUUGAGAAAUCUUCAAGCCAGAAUGAAAAGUCAGCAACAAGCACAAGCACAAAAAGAAGAGGCCGGGCCCGCUGGCUUCCUCAAAAGCUUUUUCUAAGUUAAUCCUUCGCACCAAGACUGCCAUUCAUUUAUUUGCUCUUUACUUUUACAUUUUUAAUUUAACCGUCGUCAAUUUUACUAAAACCAUCAGACUUCAUUCCUACGACGCCUUUGACCACCACGUCUUUCUUAAAACGUUUACUAACCAAACGCUUUAUGAUUGCAAUUUCGUAUUAAGUAAUGUUAUUGGAUAUAAUGUAAUAAAGAAGUGUUCAGAUAAUAAUGUGAUUAUAAAAUCCAUUGCAACUCUUGUUAUAAUACCAUGUAUACAGACCCCCAAGCCUGAUUGACAUGAGCCAGCACAUUUGACUGGGCUGGAGGAUUUGCUUAUGCUACCGGGAUCAUGUAAAAAUUAUAAAUAAAUAUCACUUCUAGUACAAAUAUUUAAAUAUCUUAUCUUGGGUAUAAAAGAGAAAGUGAAUAAUGAGUAUAAUAUUAAAAGAGCAAGAGUAUAGUACAAUUAUUAUUUUUUGUAGGCAUAGUAAAAUUUGAUAACUUACAUGACCGAAUUCAAAAAGCAUGAAAUGAUGAUUCGGGUUAACACGUAAACGUUUAUAGCAUAAACAAUGCAGACAUCAUUUAUUACUUGCCUACUGCAACGCGAUAAUAGAGAACUGUUUGUUGAAGUGAAAGGAAGUCAAUAUAUUAAAAUUUAUAUACUUAAAAAAUUAUACUUAUAUAAUUAUGAGAUGAUUUCGGUAGCACCUGCGUCCAGUCAAUAUUAGUCUAGCUAAUAACUUUUAAGUAAUGUUUGAAUCUGACAAUCGUGUUCAGCGGGAAUUAUUUUUUAAGUAUUAAUAAAUAUUGUAAAACUGUUAAGGAGUAAUCAUGUAUUUCUAGAUUGUUCAAGGAGUAAAUUGUCCAGUACUAGUCGGUGUCCCAGCUUGAUAUCUUGUUAUGCGACUAAACUAUCAGUAAUAAAUAAAAACUCUUUGUUGACUUUC